UCCAGGACCGAAAAAGAAAAGGCUAAAUUUCAACAAGAAGUUUACGAACUUUUGGCACAACUUGAAAACGCUAACAAGGAUAAAUACACUUCGAUUAAGACAAUUGAAAAACUAGAGAUCACUAUUCAUGAACUUAACAUUCGUAUUGAAGAAAUUACAAGAUCUGUUACAGAAAUCACUUCGAUUAAGAGCCGUUUGUCAAGUGAAAAUAUUGAAUUAGUUAAAGAAGUUCAAGAUUUAAAAGUAUCAAUUGAGAACUCUACAUAUCUUAAGUCUCAAAUUGCUGGACAAUUAGAAGACGCUCGCAGAAGAUUAGAAGACGAUGAAAGAAGACGAUCACUUUUAGAAUCCAACUUACAUUCAGUAGAAGUUGAAUUAGAAUCAGUAAGAGUUCAAUUGGAAGAAGAAUCUGAAGCUCGCUUAGACCUUGAAAGACAAUUAAUAAAGGCUAAUGGYGAGUCUCUAGCAUGGAAGUCGAAAUAUGACUCUGAAGCAAGCGCUAGGGCCGAGGAAGUUGAAGAGCUACGUCGUAAAUACUCCGCACGUAUCCAAGAACAGGAGGAACACAUCGAAACACUUUUGGUUAAGGUCAACAACUUGGAAAAACAAAAGUCUAGGCUCCAAAGUGAAGUUGAAGUUCUUAUUAUUGAUUUGGAAAAGGCUAACAACACUGCAAGAGAUUUACAAAAACGAGUUGAACAUUUAGAAAGAGUCAAUAUCGACUUGAAGACUCGCCUUGAUGAAACAACUGCAUUGUUUGAACAAGGACAGCGGGACUUGAGAAACAAACAAAAUGAAAUCCAAAGAUUGACCCAUGAAUUGGACAAAACCAGAGAACAAAAAGAUCAACUUACUCGUGAAAAUAAGAAAUUGGCUGACGAUUUGCACGAUGCUAAGAACACUAUUGCUGAAUACAACAGAAGAUUGCAUGAAUUAGAAUUGGAACUCAGACGGUUGGAGAAUGAACGUGAUGAACUUAGCGCUGCUUAUAAAGAAGCUGAAGCUGGAAGAAAAGCUGAGGAAGGUAGAGCUUUCCGAUUAUCUGCUGAACUUACUCAAUUCAGACACGAAGCUGAAAAACGUUUGGCUGAAAAAGAUGAAGAAAUUGAAUCUAUUCGCAAGCAAACAAGCAUUGAAAUUGAACAACUGAAUGCUCGAGUAGUUGAAGCCGAAACGAAAUUGAAGACGGAAGUGACGAGAAUCAAGAAGAAGUUGCAUAUUCAGAUAACUGAAUUGGAAAUGUCAUUAGAUGUUGCCAACAAAAAUAACAUUGAGCUACAAAAAACUAUCAAAAAGCAAUCUCUCCACUUGACGGAAUUGCAAGCUCACUACGACGAAGGUCAACGCCAAUUGGCUGUUACAUUGGAUCAAUUGGCCAUUGCUCAGCGCAAGAUCCAAUCUCUUACUGGAGAAAUGGAAGAACUCCGCGGAAACUACGACGCUACAUUGCGUAACAAACGAGCCAUUGAACUUAUGUAUGAAGAAUCACAGAGCCGUGUAAAUGAAUUGACUACCAUCAACGUUAACUUGUCGUCAUCCAGAGCUAAGAUUGAACAAGAACUACAUCAAUUGGUAUCAGACUACGAAGAAGUAUCUAAGGAGUUGAGAAUAUCAGAUGAACGUUACCAAAGGGUGCAAAUUGAAUUGAAACACACUGUAGAAGUAUUGCACGAAGAACAAGAGAGAGUGAUUAAGAUCGAAGCAAUUAAGAAAUCAUUGGAAAUCGAAGUCAAGAAUAUUUCUGUUCGUCUUGAAGAAGUCGAAGCCAACGCUAUUGUGGGUGGUAAACGCAUUAUUGGCAAAUUAGAAGCCAGAAUUCGUGACUUGGAAUUAGAAAUCGAUGAAGAAAAACGUCGUCACGCCGAGAGUGUUAAGAUUCUGCGCAAGAAGGAACGUUCUCUCAAGGAGCUGGUCAUACAAAGCGAAGAAGAUCACAAGAAUGUGCAACUCUUACAAGAAGCUCUAGACAAAGUCAACCAGAAGGUCAACAUUUACAAGAGACAAUUACAAGAACAGGAAGGUAUGAGCACCCAGAGUGUAACUCGAGUGAGACGAUUCCAAAGAGAAUUAGAAGCAGCUGAAGACAGAGCCGACGCAGCAGAAAGCAAUCUGUCUUUGAUCCGCGCUAAGCACAGGAGCUUCGUGACAACCUCACACCCAGGCUCGCAAGUGUAUGUUGUGCAAGAAUCAAGAGCUACAACUACGUCUUCAGAACAAUAUUAAUUCGUUUAAUAACAUUGAUUUUCUGUUUUUAUUAAUGUAACAUUUAUUUUUUUUUUAAUAAUCGACCGAAAUAGGCUACACAUAUUCCACGUGA